AUGCUUUCACGGUCGRGCAGCAAUGCCACAAACCGUCUACACCGUGUAAAGUCAACAUCGUCGGUGCAUGCCACUACCCCUGGACACCAGCGACUGCCGACCACCACCGACCCCUUUGUCUUACGCCAGCAAGCAGAGACUGCGGCUGUUGAGGCAUAUGCUAGGGCCCGWCUGCAGGAUGAGGCUGCGGCCGUUGCUUCCAAACCUAGGCCAAGUCGUCGACGGAGCCAGAACACUGGUCGAUCUGAAGGAAGCCACUUCGCCGAUGCAAGACGACGAUGCAUGCAGAACGAAGCGAUAAAGCAGCCGGCCCCUUCUCAUCAUGCUUCUCCGGCUCAUUCCAAGAGUGUGGGCGACGAAGAGACUGUCGUCACCCGCCGACGAUCCAUUAUCCCACCAGCCAUCAACGCUACCGACUCGAACCAGUUCCCUGCUGGUCCUCCCCCUCUUCGAAAAGGUGCUUCUGACUACACUGAUGGUAGUCCUGCACCGCGAUAUUCUCAGCUAGAUGAGGCGGCUUCAACUCUGCAUACCCGCUCCUUGGAAGAAAAUCAGGCUGACGGCUAUGCUGGGAACCUGGCACAACUCAGUAACUUUGCUCAAAGUGGUCCACCGCACGGUCUGUGGCCCUCGGCAUAUGUCCCAUCUCGCGAUCUUGAAGUUGAAGACGUCCAAAUGAUCCAGCCAAAGCGUGUUCGACAGAGGAAAUCAUUCCUCGGCAGCUUUCAGAAGCGCCACGGCGGCUUUGACACAGCUCUUCCACCGUUCAAUCAUGCCGACAGUGACACCGCCGCGCCGAAUGUUGGGCUGUCACUGGCUCCACUCCAGAGCGUUCCAAUGGAACAGCGCAAGACUCGCAACUUCUCGGACACGCUGAAAGGUCGGUUGAAGAAAGUGUUCCGCAAGGCCUCGAAGCUGUCGAUGCCUGUUCAGCACGUCCAUGCCAAAGACUUCCAUUUCUCAGUACGUGGCCACGAUGUCAGCGAUCCCUCUUUCGUGGACUACACAGACCCUUUCAUGACCGUUGCCGCUGAGGAGCCAAGGGCUCCUCAACCCCAGAAGUUUGUGACUGCUCAGAGCACCACCAGCACAGCCCAGGAGAGUACCUMAAAAUCGAGGGUAACCAGCUGGGCGAACUCCACAUUAGCCAUGUCCAGUGUUCGUACGAGUGACGGACCGUUCGCCGUCGCUGGUGCUCACCACGAACCUGGAAUCGUAUCAGCCGCGAUACACGAAGCUAGUUCAAGCAGUCCGACUGGCGAUCCACCUGUUCUGAAGCGGAGCGACAGUGCUUCCACACUACGCAAGGCGAGUUCGUUCUUUGGGCGGCCCAUCCGCAACAAGCUUCGUCGCUCCAGCAGACCAGAUUUGAGAGGCUCGGGUGAAAGCCAAGGUCUGUACUCAGCACUCCAGAGUCGCAUCAGGACUUCACGGUCCACAGAGGCCGCGCAUGAGGCUCAUGUACCUGCGCCGGUCGAAUCCAACUCUCCGCAUGAGCAAGCCGAGCCAUCAGCACUGGCAAGCUUGCCAUCACAGAGACAGUACAAUACAUCGUCAAGCAGGACAUCGCAGAGUAGGCACAGUACUACGAGUACUGGCAUGAAGAAUCGCCAUCUCUUGGCCCCAACCAUUCGGCCGGUCACUCCAGAUUUAGCUCCUGUUCAAGAGGCUGCCAGUGCCGAGGCCGAUCGAACUGUGAUACAUCACGAGGUUGACUCUCCUGUUGGGAGUAGCCCUAAGAGCGCAUUGAGGCGGAGCCAUGCUGUCAAAGCGCCUCCACCUUCGAAGGAACAGUUACUGAGGAGAAAAGAAAGAGCCGAGAGCCGCUGGACUAAUGCUCUCAUGACAGGCGGUCUGAGUUCGUAUGCGAAUGAGAAUCCAUACGAACUUCCAUCGCUCUCACACCCAGAUCGCGCGCAUACACCAAGCACCGCCCUUCCCUUAAGGCCGAGGGCUGAUGUGAUCUCGCCCAGCCUUUACUCGCGCGCGACCGACGGAGCGUCGCCUCGGCCAUAUACGCCAGACGAUGUUGGAAUGACAACCAUUACUAUCACAGGACGAGAGGUUCGGAAAUAUGACAUAUCACCUCCAAAGGCUGCACAUCGGCACCAGGCCAGCAGAGAGUGGCGUAGGUGGCUCUCAGAUGAGAUGAAUAGUUUCGCAGACGAUGAGCAGCUCCCCCGCCCAACAUCCGGUGCCAGUAUGAAUGGUCGAUACCCUGUUGUCAAUCGUAGUCGAAACCCAAGCCAGCAGAGUGUUUCUCGGCGUCCCGAGGGCGAGGAUACCCGUGGCAUGCACUCGAUGGCCCGCAGCCGUAAAGCCAGCAUCGAGUCCGCAAUGCACACACAUGCAUCGAAUCCAGCUAGUCGUCAUCGGACUUUGUCGAAGCCCAAGUCCAUUGCUGAAAUCGAAGCUGCAGCCAUUGCAGACGCCAUUCCGAAGUCGGAUCCGUGCACGGCAGCGACGGGUACUGGUGUGAGGUCUGUCAAAGCCUUCAAACGACCAAAAUCAGCAUUUGAAUUGCGGGUCAACUACAAGAGCAAUGCAACAGAUCGCUCGAAGCCGCUGGAGGUGCGACGCAAGCUUCCCGAUCCGAACAUCUUGGAAGAUCACACCAUGUUGAACAUCUAUGCGGGACCAUACGCGACGGGUGCCAAUUCUGAAAAUCAACGGCCAGCGGAGUUGGAGGGAAGUGUCAUUCCCGCUUUGUCCAGCUCCGAGUGGCUUGGUAGCGCGAAAAAGAAGAGCGGGCAGGAAGGUGCUUCUGCGAAGCCUUCUUCCAAGCGUUCGCCGGGCCAGAGGAUGGUGACAUCUUGGUUAGGUGAGAAGUCGAAAGAGAAUGUUGGAGCUUUCGUUUGA